ACUUCAGUAUCAUAAUGAAUCAACUCAACUGGGAAGCGAUAAAAGUAAAGGGAUAGCUGUUGUAGUUGUGAAGGUUGUUUGUAUUUAAAAAAAAAAAACGCUACACGAGGUCUGAAUAAUAUUUACCUAAGUACAUUGUGCUUUGAAUACGCUAAUGGAGCAAAGGAGCAAAACCAAAUGUUAACUGUACACAUACUUUAAGAUAUUGUUUCUUCAAGAGUAUUAGCCAUAUAUAAUACACAAACUCAUGACAUGUGGACAUAUGGUUUAUAUAUUUAUGUUUAUGUAUACGUCGUACGUAUAAUAGUUGAGUUAAAUGUGAGCUUGCUGAUGUUGAAGUUAAGGAAAAUGACAGAUUCAACUUUAGACAAUUCAAACGUUGUGAUUAUGCACGCAAGCAUACAGGUUUAUGUCGAGUAAAUACUCAUGAAUAUUUGCCAACGUCUAUGUAGUAUCCGAGGAACCGAUUAAACAAGCAAAUCUGAUGUAUACUUAUACUCAUCGCACGAGCCGUUUGUAAACAUUGUGGUUGCAUCUUCCUGCAUAUCGAAUUGACACUGUGUUGGUCAAUCCCGUCUAUUACUUACUGGGCACUUUGCAGGUUUGUAUGCCUUUGAAGACUAUUGUAUGUGUAUGUAAGAAGAGAUAAUGAAGGCGCUGAAGAAUAUACAUAAAGAUUUUGUGCGGAAGAAACUUGAGAUAAAAGCCGAAACAAACUGGUGAAUGGUAGAGGGAGAGUCUGCACUAGCUCAGAUCUUUCGCAGGUGGCAGUCGUCACCCUGACAGAUUACCGCUAAGACUUACCUUGACUCUUACACUUUUUUUAUCUAAUCCGUCUGGCUUUUGUUCUCAGUCAAUAAUUAACACACUAAAUAAUAUUAAUAGGCGUGAAGUGAUAUUUAGAUUUGUUGUAAUUUUCGUGACUUGGAAUAGUGGUUUGAUGGAGACGGUUCAUAUCAAUGUAGCAAGCGCUGUCAAAGAUUUAUUGAAGGAUGCUUUGGUAUCACCGACAUUCGCUGAUGUUUCAUUGUGCUGUUCGGGAGGAAAAAAGUUUUUAGCCCAUCGAUUAGUGCUAUCUGCUGCUAGUCCGUAUCUUCGUGAAGUUCUUUCGGCACACGGAAAAAUAGCAGGUCAAUGUGAACCAAUUACAAUGAUAUUAGCAGAGGUCGAGGGCAAUGAUCUAGCUUCAAUCUUAGGAUUUCUCUACACUGGAAGUGUCGCGGUGCCUCAAGCGAGAUUAGAAGCUUUCUCAAGUACUGCAGAUGCUCUUAAAAUUAGAAUACCUCCGUUACCACAUGCUCUAAAAGCUCAAACUGUAUCUGAUGCAAAAAAUAAUUCGAGCUAUAAAUCUUACGCUCAUGUAGAUCUGCCAGAAGAUUGUCAAGAAGUUGGUUUGAAUUUAAAAAUUAUAAACAAAACACAUUGUUUACGUCGAUUACUUAUGUCAUCGCAUCAAGAAAUUUCAGAUAAUAAUAAUGUUAAUUGCAAUAAGGAUAAUAAUUCAUUUAAUAAAUUAAAAUCUUAUGUAGCAAAUCGAGUUAUUGCUUCUCCGUGGUCGCAAUUAGUUCAGCCAAAAUUUCAACCAAUCCUCAAGAAUAAAUCUUCAAAUCCUUCUGAUAACAUUCCGGCGAGUUUUUAUUCAUCUGAGUCUUCUUGCAUUCACCACGAGCCAACAAGUUCUUUGAACACCAGUACAACCACUGUAGGCGUUGAAAAAUUAUUUGUUACUCGUGUCAGUACGGAAGAAACUUAUAACAAUAAUUUAAAAAUAUUAGAGACUGCUAUCACAAAAGACGAUGAUCAAUCUCGUGUCAAUUGCGAUGAUAGAAUCUCUCAAGAUGAAACAAUAAAUUUAUCUUCAAGAUUGCAGCCGGUAGCAGAAAAUAAUAACAGUCAAUUAAAUUAUGAUAAUAAUAAACUUGAUAAAGAACCGCUGAAUUGCUUAAAGGGGCAAGUUAGUCUUGGCGAAGUAGAUGAAGUUAAAUUGGGUACCGUUAUAAGUCAUGAUGGUAAAAAUAAUCGUAAUGACACUUCAGAUGCAACCGAAUUUAUUCCUAAACUUGUUUCGGAAAAUUUUAAAUGUAAAAAUUGUGAAAAAAUUUUUACAUGUGAAAAAAACCUCAAGGAUCACCGUAAAAGCCAUUUCAAAGAAAAACCUUUUCGCUGCGUCGAUUGUGGUAAAGAGUUUUCGCAACUUCGGAACUACAAGUACCACCGCAGCGUGCACGAAGGUACCGGAGAAUUUGCAGCAACUUGUCCUGAAUGCGGUAAAUCAUUCAAUGAUCGUGGAUACUUGGGCUCACAUAUGAAGAUCCAUCGCAAUAAAAAAGAGUACGCUUGCGACGAUUGCGGGAAGAGCUUUAAUCAACGUGUCGCGUACAAUAUGCACGUUCGUAUUCAUACAGGCGUUAAACCUCACCAUUGCGAGCAAUGUGGAAAGGAUUUCUCACGAAAAAUGCUCCUGAAGCAACACAUGAGGACACAUUCUGGAGAGCGUCCUUAUCAAUGUCACAUUUGUAAUAAAGCGUUUGCUGAUAAGUCCAAUAUGACUCUUCACACACGGCUUCACUCUGGUUUGAAGCCUUAUCAAUGCGACAUUUGCUCUAAGGCCUUCACUAAAAAACAUCAUUUGAAGACACAUUUGAAUUAUCAUACUGGAAUUAAGCCCUAUGCUUGUCCUAAUUGUAAAUUAACAUUUUCACAAAGCAGUAAUAUGAGGACUCAUUACAAAAAGUGUGUAAAUAAUGCAAAUAAUAAUAAUACUGGAGCUAAAAAAAAAAGUAAUAGUUCUUCUCUUGAUGAAAAGAUUAAAAAUUAUGAUGAUUUUUCAAAUUAUGUCUUAACACCUCCUCAUUCAAUCCGUGAUAUUAUGUGA